AGCAAGCAAAAUUUGGAAAAUCCUUCAGAUUUAUCUCUCAAAGUAAAGAUUUUCAAAUUCUUUUUACUACUCAAAUAAGUGUUAUUGUAGAUAAGUUGUAUGAUUGAUUUUAAACCCCAACGUUUAAGAAAAUUCAUCCAUCGCUAAACAAUUGCACCAAACGGAACAGAUGCCUCCCAAGAGAGGCACGUGUAUAAAAAUAUGUUAGCCAGCAUUUGACGCCGUGCGGAGGGAAAGCUUUCGAAUCAUUUGGAUUCCAGCAACCGAGGACCAACAAUGCCAGAGCACUUGGAAUUGCAGCAAUUGGUGGGAGGCGUUCUUCAGAGCAGUGUAAGGCGUCAAACAUUUCCUUGGGCCAGAUGUUCUUGUCCUUACUUGGGUAUCAUCCUAGCUACCAUUUCGUCACUAUUCUUUUCAUUAUGCUCUGUUAUUGUGAAAGGAUUGGUUGAUAUUAACCCAAUUGAAUUAGCAACGUUUAGAUUCAUUGGUGUGUUGCUGCCGUCGAUCCCCAUAGCUAUAUACAAGGAAGAAUGCUUUUUCCCUAAGGGAAAGCGUAUUAUAUUAGUGCUACGAUGUUUCGUCGGAACAACUGGUUUGAUGCUGAGCUUCUAUGCAUUCAGACAUAUGCCGCUAGCAGACGCUUCGGUAAUUAUAUUUUCCACUCCAGUUUUCGUGGCCAUAUUUGCGCGCUUAUUUUUGCGGGAAAGCUGCGGGAUGUUUAAUGUCCUUACCAUAUUUCUAACUCUGAUUGGAGUUGUAUUGAUUACGCGGCCUCCAUUUCUUUUUGGAGAUAUAGGGACACAAAGUCUAGCCGACGAGCAGAUCAUGGAAACAAACUACGAUGUGUGGGGUCCUGUUGCAGCUCUUUCAUCCACGUUGUUUGGUGCCAACGCUUAUGUACUUCUGCGUGCUCUUAAGGGAUUACAUUUUUCUGUCAUCAUGACCAACUUUGGUGCAUUUGCUCUCAUCUAUACGCUCAUUGUUUGCUAUUAUUUGGGAGCGCUAUGUUGGCCACUAUGUGGAACCGAUCGGCUGCUCGUAAUAGCCUUGGCACUGUUCAGCUUUGGGGGGCAAAUUCUGCUGACUCUUGCACUGCAAUAUGAACAGGCCGGGCCUGUCGCCAUCGCACGAUCAGCUGACAUAGUGUUUGCCUUUAUUUGGCAAAUCAUGUUUUUCAGGGAAGCCCCAAAUGUGUAUUCUGUGUUGGGGGCACUUUUAGUGGUUAGUUCCGUUGUGUUGUCUGGAAUGCGUAAAUGGGCACUCGCACUGCCAAGAGAUUCGGAUCUGAGGAAACGGUUAAAAUGUUUCAUUUCCGAGUAGUACUCAUAGCUUACGGUUAUUUUCUAUUUUAGCUCUACAAUAGCUUUUAUGAGUUCGACAAAAAAUGCACUCAUUGAAGAAGUUUGCCGAAGAGUUUGCCAAUAUUUCGAUUAAAAUUAUCUCAAACGUGGAAAAAAGUUGAAGGUUGAAUGUAGGGAAAUUUUAUGAAGUAUGGUUACGCGUAGAACACAGGAAGUGAG